ACAAAAAUACUUUAUUGGCACUAUGCGUUCAUCUACUCCAUUCAUAGUGGUAACCUUGAUAACGGCGUUAUUCGCGGAUGUGAUCUUAUAUGCCUUCAUGGUUCCUCUACUGCCAUAUUUGUUUGAAGAGCGUAUGAGAAGAAAAACAUCGGAUGUUCAGGGGUUUACAUCAUUGUAUCUUUUCACGGCGGCAGUGGUGUCGAUGGUAUCAAGUCCCACUCUUGGUCAAAUGAUAGAAAAGACGUCCUCGAAGAGAAACUUUCUAUUGGGAUCUUUAGUAAUUACCCUAAUCUGUUCCAUUUUUUCAUCUUUAACCACAUCAAUUGUGAUUUUCUUCAUUGCGCGAGUCUUCCAGUCAGUGGCAAGUAAUGCAUUAUGGAUCACAGGAACAGCUACUUUAGUCACGGUGUUAGGCCCUGGUCAUAUGGGUAAGAUAACAGGCCUGGUUGCAACAGUCACCUCUACUGGUACGGCUAGUGGACCAGUGAUUGCUGGUACGCUUUUCAAGAUUGGCGGUUGGUGGGGAGCCUGGACGGGGGUUUUUACUUUAAUUGCUAUUGACAUUAUUCUCCGGUUGCUCAUGAUCGACAAAAAACAUCAGACACACGAUCAAACAGACCGGCCGACGAGUCAUAGACCAGAGCCUCAAGACACUUCAUCCUUGUUGGAAGAGGCUCCCCUCCUACAAAAUGCUCCAGCUCCAUCCGAGACGAGUCAAAAUGCGGAAUCAAUGAGUCUGUGGGGCUUUUAUGCUAUCGCUAUUCGUCACUAUAGCUUUGUUGCUGGUGUGGCCAUCACCUUUGCUCAUUCAAUUUUGAUCACUUCUUUCGAAACCACACUCACUUUGCACGUGAAACAAGUCUUCGGAUGGGGCGAGUUUCCUGUCGGUUUGCUGUUUGUAGCCCUGCAAGGUCCGGCAAUUGUCCUGAGCCUGUUAGUCGGUUGGUUAAAGGAUUCUAUGGGCUUACGGUAUCCUACGACCGCUGGCUUCUUACUCAUAGCACCGUGCCUCUGGCUACUUGGAACGGCGGGAGACCCUCGAUUCGAGUGGAGCACAGUGGGUGGUCGGGGUGAGAUCAUUUACCCAAUAUGUGUUCUAGUUAUUGGAUGUCUUGUUUCUCUUUUAACUGGUUCUGGCUGCAUGGAAUUGACCUUUGCCAUUGAUAGCCUCGAAACUGCCUCCCCCGGAAUAUUUGGCCCUAACGGAGGUUAUUCUCGAGCACUUGCUACGUACAACAUGAGCUGGUCAUUUGGAUUGUUGGUUGGUCCUCUCUUAUCUGGUGCCCUGGUGGAAUAUUUCGGAUACUAUGAGAUGAACUCUAUAUUAGCUUCUCUGCUCUUCCUUGUUGCCAUCACCGCGGCUAGAAAUACCAGCUCCGUGUCCAAAGUUGAACGGUCUGCUCUCACUGGUAAUACUGUCGUCUAAAGGAUUGCGCCUCUGAAAUCAGGAAACCUACACUUGUUGCGAGAAUAUUAAUGGUUGCAAGCAAAUGUUCCUUGAAACCGGCAGCCCAGCACCUGUGCGGCAUUAAUGCCAUUCAAAACGUACUGCAUACAUUGAUUUGAACGCAUGGCCAUUUAUAUUGGCGACAAUUACUAUAUUUGAGAUAUCUGCUUAGUGAUGAUGCAUCCCUGGCAUUUUAUAAUACACACCCAUGUGACCGGAUAUAGUCUAAAG